AAUUGUUCUCUGUACUACAGCGUUUGUAUGUCUGUUUACAUGUAUGAGCACUCACUUGUGUAUGUUUCACUCAGGUCAGGUUAGUUUAGGCGGAAGUCAUGUUGAACGCGCUUGUAGUAGGGGCAAGUCGUGGAAUUGGCCGACAGAUCGCCAUCACACUAGCAAAGAAUGGCUAUCAAGUCGGGGUGGCCGCAAAAACAACAGAAGAGUCUGCCAAACUGCCGGGAACAAUACACAGCGUCGUGAAUGAGAUCCAGGCAACUGGUGGGCAUGCAAUACCGAUAGUUUGCAAUGUAAGACACGAGCAAGACAUCAAAGAGGCCGUCGACACGUGUAUCAAACAAUUCGGCAAACUGGAUUACGUCAUUUACAAUGCCGGUGCCAUAACAUGGAAGAAAGUGAUGGACACACCGUUGAAGAAAUUCGAUCUGAUGCACCAGGUCAACCCAAGGGGAGCGUACUGUUUAGUGCAAGAGUUACUGCCGUUAUUUUUAAAGCAGGGGUCCGGCAAAAUCCUAUUGGUGGCCCCUCCAAUAUAUUCUAGAUUUUUCAAAGGAAAAACUCCUUAUUCCAUGGGUAAAGUGGGUAUGACUGUGUUGGUACAUGGGUUAGCAAACGAACUUAAAGGCACAGGUGUGUCGAUCACGGCACUAUGGCCGGCAACAGUGAUAGAAAGCCAAGUCACAGUCAUGCAAGGCGUGCCUAGCAGUGUUAUGAGAAAGGCUGAUAUAUUUGCCGACGCGUGCCUUCAUAUCGGCAAUGAAAAGACCGACAGGUUGAAUGGCCAGGCGCUUAUAGAUGAAGAUUACUUACGAAGUAUAGGUGUUACUGACUUCACUCCGUAUAGAUGCGAUCUCGCCGUUGAACCGCCGCGCAUGAUGCCACGAGCAUUCCCCUCACUCAAGGUGACAGAAGAAAACGAACAAUUGCAUAUAAUACAUGAUCCUAAAUCCAAGCUGUGAUCACGCCCUUCUCGCUCAUCGGCUUAUGAUGAAUGUGGUGAUUCAAUUACAACUGUUGAGUUAUUACUGGUGUUCGAGUCAAUCGCGGUGCACGCAUUCUGAAAGUUAUAUACAUUUCUUGUCGGAUUAACAACGUAGCGUUACCUAUAUAACCAUGUCCGAUGGGAAUAAUAUCAAUUUAAUACAUACCAAAAUCGAACUUGAUCUAGAUCCCAAGCUGGUUAAUAAUAUUUAGUUAUUGCAACAACAAGAAACUGAUUUCACCACGGAGACAGACAUUUUUCCAACGAAUACCUCUCUUGUCUUAUGUUUUUAUUGCACAAAGUUGUUUUCGGAUAAAGGACUUGUUUAAUACCGGU